AUGUAUUUCCCGGAGCCAAUUGAACGCCGGCUUGAGGGAGGAUUCACGACAGCUGCACCUCUCACUGCUCCUGCCGCUUCGAUUCAUGCCAUUUGGUGGACCUGCAUCAGGUCAUUGUUUACUGGGCUCAUUGCCGCCGCGAUGCUCGUCUCCACGCUGCUUGAGGUUGAGACGACGCAAGAUGCAUCUACGCCCCCCGUGAAAGCAGCGACUUGGGCUGGCCUUAUCUAUGCAUCUCGACUUGGAGAGUGUGCUGCAACUGUGCACACUUCAUCUUCGGGCUUUCUUUUACAUCAAGUGGUUAUGAGCCCCCUGCGUUUCCAACGCAUACAACACCUAGCGCUCGUCACCAAUAUUUGCGCCGACACUAAUAUCACUCGAGUCGGCCACUGUCAUGGUUUACUUGUUUGGCUGUAUACACGCGAUAAGGGGGUAACUUGGAGAGCUGCAACUGUGCACACUUCAUCUUCGGGCUUUCUUUUACAUCAAGUUCUCGUCGCCUCGCUUGUGCAAAAGAGAGAACAGCGCACGAACGGACAAGCACAUAUCGUGCGACCUCCGUGCCUGGAGGAGUGCGUGAUCACUCGAACAUGUUCCUGGACGGCUGCUGGUAAUAAGAAACGAUCGAUCGGUAUGGCGCAGUCCAACGUGUCCAGCUGCGUGCUCUCCAUCGUCGCAUCUUUUGCUAGCGGCUUGGACGUUUUCAAGAAGUUCCGACAGCUGCGAGGCAAGAGGCGGAAAACAAGGAAGAACGCGUCACUGGAUGACGAAGAAGUCAGACUAGCGAAGAGUCUGAGACAAGGGCCUGAGGAUAUCGGCAGAGAGUACCAGAGAAGUCUCAUCUCUGUCGGAGAGCAUUUUGCACAAGGCGAUGGUGAGCGGAUACUGAACACUUCUGCAGCCAUAGCACAGACAUCGCUUGCCGAGAUUCUUCUCCAGUUAAAUAUUGGCCUGGUCACGGUGAUAAAUGCUUUCCUGGGCCGAGAGAAGCACGAUACCAAGCUUGACUGCCAGUCCUUGACGAGUUUGUCUGAAAAAUCUCGCGUUGAUACCAUACCUCGAGCAGUACAAAGCACGAGCGAGGGACGAAACGCACAUUCGACAUCUGUCCUAUCAACGGAGCGCAGGAGCAGAAGAAAGCCGGCAGCAAGCCCAAAACGUACCACAGCGAGAGGACCCAUUCUUGCGAGAGUGGUCAUUGCAGACUCCAACAAGCCGGGUGAAAUUGCGAUGGUUCGACCAGGCGAGCGAAAGAAAAAGAGGUCCUCUAGUAGGCCAUCUUCGAAUGCUCAAUCUUGCAAUUCUUUGGCAUUGCCUGGACCUCUAUCGACACCACCACCACAAUACACCGCAGUAGAGCCAUUAACAAGGCCACAACAUCGUCGCGCCAACACACAUCCCGAGAAACGUUUGCCGCAACGAAAUCUUUCGUCGAUGGAUGUCAGUACCAUGCAGGAGCAAAGCAGACCAGACGCUUUGCGCGCAACGCGGUCUACUCCACGACUCGAGAGAAUUACACAAGAAUAUCCGGACCCAGUGCCUGCAAUACCAGCGAAAGUCCCGAUGCCCAAUAUCACAUCAAUGGAGCCUCGACGAAGGCUGCAAAAGCCGACUCCGACCUUGUGUUCUAUCGCAUCUGACAGCACAAAGCUGGGUGAGAUUCCUCUGCAUAAAUGGUCCGAGCCGGUGGACUUCGACGCCAUGUCACUUGUCAACAAGGAAGCAGUGCAGAAUGGCUGGCCUGUGAUGGAUGAUGACCUCGCCGAGCAGAAAAAGAAACGCGGAGGACUUUUGCGACUCUUUCGACGAAAUCGCUCUGCAGUCUCAUUACCAGCAUUCAAUUUGAUCGACUUGGCCGUUGUGGAAUUGAUCUCAAACCUGUUCUGUGAGGCUACAUGA